AUGGCGGGGGUUAGCAGGCAGGGAGAAGACCCCCCUCCGCAACACACUCCGUUUUCCGGGCCCGCCCGCCCCGAUGUGACUCCUGCGGCUCUGCGUGGGCGUACAGUCAGGAGCGCGUCGGGGCUCGGAGCUGCCGCGGCGUGUGGAGGGAGCUGCGUGCGGGAAACGUGCUGCGGGGACUUUGAGGCCGGCGUGAACACCAGAGAUGGAGCCCGAGAACGCGUUUUUUCUUGCAUUGAACACUACUUGAAUUUUUCCAAAAAACUCAUUGAGAAUUCAGAGAAGGAACAGCCUCAGCAAACCACAAAUCAGACACAAACAGAAUCUUUGUCUCCAUCCCCCAACACUGUUUCACCUGUGCCUUUAAAUAACCCAACAAGUGCCCCAAGAUUUGGAACAGUUAUUCCUAAUCGCAUCUUUGUAGGAGGAAUCGAUUUUAAGACUAACGAAAAUGACCUAAGGAAGUUUUUUGCCCAGUAUGGGUGCGUGAAAGAAGUGAAGAUAGUAAAUGACAGAGCUGGAGUAUCAAAGGGGUAUGGUUUCAUCACUUUUGAAACUCAAGAAGAUGCACAAAAAAUUUUACAAGAGGCUGAAAAACUUAAUUAUAAGGAUAAGAAACUGAAUAUUGGUCCAGCAAUAAGAAAACAACAAGUAGGGAUUCCUCGAUCUAGCAUAAUGCCAGCAGCUGGAACCAUGUACUUGACCACUUCAACUGGAUAUCCUUAUACUUAUCACAAUGGAGUAGCUUAUUUUCAUACUCCUGAAGUUGCAGCUGUUCCACAGCCAUGGCCGUCACGUUCCAUUUCCAGUUCCCCUGUAAUGGUAGCUCAACCUAUUUAUCAUCAACCUACAUAUCCUUACCAGGCACCUGCACAGUGUCUUUCAGGGCAGUGGCAAUGGAGUGUUCCACAGUCUCCUGCCUCUUCAACCUCAUUCUUUUAUCUUCACCCUUCUGAAGUUAUUUAUCAGCCACUAGAAAUUGCACAGGACAGUGGAUGUGUACCUCCUCCUUUCUCUCUAAUGGAAGCUGCAGUUCCAGAGCCAUAUUCUGAUCAUGGAGUUCAAGCAGCAUAUCACCAAGUUUAUGCCCAGAGUGCCAUAGCUAUGCCAACACCUGUGAUGCAGCCUGAGCCGGUUAAAGAACCAAGGUUACAUUCUGUGAGAAGAAAUUUUUCACAUCCUUCAUCUGUGAGUUUGAAACCUCGAUAUACACGAAGCCCUCACUUUCAUCCUAGGAAAGAUUACAGAAUGGAAGAUACAAUUCUCACUCCACCUUCCUCAACAGACUCUGUAAAAUAGAAUCUUAGAUGUCUACUAUGCUAAUAUGUCUAGCACACAGAGGGUAUGUAAUUUAGUAACUCUCAACAUUUACAGAGUAUGCCUAAGUUAAAAUUUCCUUUUUUUUGUAAAAGGAAUAAAAAGAAAUCUUGCAGUUCAUGUCAGCAAACAAGAUAUGCAGGAUAAAAUCAUGGUUUCCUUUAUCAAUUAAUGCACAUUUAGGUGACAGACUUGUAAUUUGUGAUAUACAGACUAUUGUAUAUGCACUAUUUAUUAAAGCAGUUUGAAAAACAGCAUA